AUAAACACAAUUACAUCCUCAAUUUUGUUGAUCUUUAUACUUCUAAUAUUCCCUAUAAUCAUCUCAUUUACCAACCUGACAAAACAAAUCAAUUUCCCUAAUUACGUAACCUCAUGUAUUAAGUACGCAUUUUUCAUUAGCCUUAUCCCAUUAUUUUCCUUUUUCAACUAUAACACAGAAGUUAUAAUCACCAACUGGCACUGAAUAACCAUUGGCUCUAUAAAACUGUCACUAAGCCUAAAAUUUGACUUCUUUUCUAUCAUCUUCCUACCAGUGGCCCUAUUCGUCACAUGAUCAAUCAUAGAAUUUUCUAUAUGAUACAUACACUCAGAUCCCAAUCUAGACCGAUUCAUCAAAUAUCUUCUCCUAUUCCUAAUCACCAUAGUCAUCCUAACCUCAGCCAAUAAUCUAUUCCAACUCUUCAUCGGUUGGGAAGGCGUAGGAAUUAUAUCAUUCCUGCUAAUCGGAUGGUGAUACGGCCGAUCCGACGCAAAUACAGCAGCCCUUCAAGCCAUUCUAUAUAACCGUAUCGGUGAUAUCGGCUUUAUCCUAGCCAUAGCUUGAUUCUGCACAAAAGUCAACUCAUGAGACCUCCAACAAAUUUUUAUCACAAACGAACCAAACAUUAUCCCCCUUUCAGGACUAAUUAUCGCCGCCACAGGCAAAUCAGCCCAAUUCGGCUUACACCCAUGACUACCAUCAGCUAUAGAAGGCCCAACCCCAGUAUCUGCCCUACUUCACUCAAGCACUAUAGUUGUAGCAGGGAUUUUCCUAUUAAUCCGCUUCCACCCCCUAAUCUCCAACAACAACACCAUUUUAACAAUUAUACUAUGCCUAGGAGCGGUCACCACUCUAUUCACAGCAAUCUGUGCUCUCACCCAAAAUGACAUCAAAAAAAUCGUAGCAUUCUCAACAUCAAGCCAACUAGGACUCAUAAUGGUAACCCUGGGGAUUAACCAACCAUACCUAGCCUUCCUUCACAUCUGCACGCAUGCAUUUUUCAAAGCCAUACUAUUUAUAUGCUCUGGAUCCAUUAUCCACAGCCUGAACGACGAACAAGACAUUCGAAAAAUAGGCGGACUAGCAAAAGCUAUACCAUUUACAUCCUCAUGCUUAACUAUCGGCAGCCUAGCCUUAACCGGAACACCCUUCCUCACAGGCUUCUACUCAAAAGAUCUAAUUAUUGAAGCCGCCAACACCUGUUAUACCAACGCCUGAGCCCUCUUAAUCACACUAGUAGCCACCUCAAUAACAGCCAUCUACAGCAUGCGAAUCAUCUACUUCGUCCUUAUAACCAAACCCCGCUUUCCCUCUACAAUUAUCAUAAACGAAGACAACCCAUUACUAAUCAACCCAAUUAAACGACUUGCAUUAGGAAGUAUCAUAGCGGGGUUUUUCAUCUCAUAUAAUAUCCCACCUACAACCAUCCAAGUAAUAACUAUACCAUGAUAUCUAAAAACAACAGCACUUAUAGUAACUAUCACAGGAUUCGUAAUCGCACUAGACCUAAAUAACCUCACCAACAACCUCACACCUACAAAACCUUCACCCACUUCCUCAUUCUCGACCUCAUUAGGCUACUUCCCAACAAUCAUACACCGCCUACUCCCCUCAAAAUCACUAAACACAAGUUUUAAUACAGCCCUUACACUCCUAGACCUUACCUGAUUAGAAAAAGCCAUCCCAAAAAUAAUAUCCGCAAUACACAUAAUUACCUCUUCCACCCUCAGCAACCAAAAAGGCAUGAUUAAACUGUAUUUCCUUUCAUUCCUAAUUACACUCCUAUCUAUCCCAAUCGUAUUAAUAACUUAA